ACACCACCACCACCUCCACCAUUACCACUACCACCACCCACCGCCACCACCACUACCACCACCACCAUCAUCAUCAUCAUCAUCAUUCUCAUUCAUAGCAUCAUGAAUUAAUAUCAUAAAGCAUUUUUCGAUUCGAUUUAUUUUCCAGACGACCGAAGCCUCAGUAAUGAGUUCGCUCCGCCCCACUCGUGCCUCAAACGCCACGAAAAUCAUCAAAAAAGUGGACCUGCAAAUAGACGCGCACAACAUCUUGUCCACAAUUACCAAUUUAAAGAACGGCCAAUCUAGACCGACCUACUGACUCGGAGCUGGAGGUCGAGACUGACGAAGACGAGUUAUCGUUUGUUGACUUUGGCCCGACGCCAAGGGAAGAUCACGUGAAACCGGAGAUCCGCCUGUACCAGGCCGCUUCCAAGAAGCUAGGUACGAUAUGUAUCCCGUCCAUUUAGAACGCCUUAGUAAAGAAGAAAUUAUCUUGCAAGUAUGUGAAGCUAAAACUGCAGGACCUCAAAAAGCAGCGUGCAUUGCGAUACUUGAUAACAGGUUUGUUGAGCAAAUUGACUUCGAACAAAAUGCGCUUGAAUACGUCCCGAUAUACGCUAUAGGUGAUGUAAUAGCCCAUAGCGCAUCCCUCAAGCAUGUUCGUAUAACCAGCAACGGCCUGAAAUCGGAAGGGGCCGGGAUCGUUUGCAAUGCUGUCCAGGAAAACAAGCGCAUCGUGUCCCUGGAUUUAUCAGACAACGGUUUAGAUGGAAAAUUGUUCGAGAAGCUUCUAAAUACGUCGACCUCGUUGAAAGAACUGUAUCUAUCCAAGAACAAUCUAAUUGAUGUUGGUGCCCAGGCUCUAGCUCGAGGGAUGGAAUGCCUUCCCACGUUGCAUGUACUAGACCUUUCUUGGAACCACAUCCGUUUGACAGGCGCCAUUGCCAUCGGUUCUGCGUUGGCCAAAAACCGUUCGUUAAAGGUGCUGAAUCUGGAGUGGAACGGUUUGCAUUUGGAGGGCGCUAAAAGCAUCAGCAUUGCUUUGCGAAAAAACAAAACACUAGAGGAUUUGGAUUUAACCUGCAACAGACUGGACGAACAUUCAAUAUCAAUUAUACUGUCCGGCAUAGAAAUCAAUAAAACACUCUCGACUUAACGGAUCGAAUCUAUUAACGUGACCCCCAUUUGCGCCGAGGGCAUUUUUUGAAAAACAAGAAUUCGGCACUGAGAACGCUGGACAUGGGAAAACAGAUCGUCUAUGAUACGUUUUUGCCGUUAAACACAGAAGUAAAAGAAAAGCGGGGAGUUGACGUGAGUUACGGCCAUGUGUGAAAAACCCAUAAGAAAUCUUUGGGGUUUUCAUCCGACGCCGACGACGAGGCGCUGCUGUUAAUUUGCAAUCCUUUGACAGUUUUGAUGGAAUGCAUGCGCAUACAGAACCUCCGACUCAGGGACUUCUUCAAAGCACUAGACGGAGACAAUAGCGACAAUAUUUGCAUAUCCGAGCUUAUGGAGGGGAUGUUGAAGGUAGGCGUGACUAUCUUGCCGGAUACACUGCGUCGCCUUUUCAAGAAGCUAGACAAGGAUGGCAACCAGAUGCUCGACUACAAAGAAAUGAUUGAGGCCCAGAAAUUCCAUAAGAACAAUAUUGGAAAGGCGCGACAAGAAAAAGUGGACUUAAACGAGACCGAGAUCGGAAAAAUAUCCGAUCUUAUCAGAAAGGUCAUGGAAAAGGAUAGGAUCAGGAAAUCUGACUAGCUUUAAAUUAAUCUUUAAACGGCCAUUUGUGUGAUAUACAUACUUAAAAAUAUUAUUAUAUUAAUAUGUAUUAUUUGUAUCAUGGGUUCCCGUGUAGGCCGUACGAACGUCCUUACGACCUUUCAUACAUGUAUAAAAUUAACACUGUUUGCAUUGUGUUAACCUAUUAAUAAAAAU